AUGGUGGUGGAGGCAGACGAGACGACAACGGGGCAGGGCAGAGCGGUGGGAGAAGGAGGCGGUGGGAGAAGGAGAUUGGGCGGGGUUGGCAGCAGGGACGUCACGGCGGAGGUCGUCGAUGACCUACCCUGGGAUCAGGGGAGGGAGGGGUCGAGGGAGAUGAACGUGGUGGUGCCACCACAACCUCCACAUCUUCGCCUAUAUGAAUUUGCCAAGAGUGCCCUCAUCAGAAUUUUUGCCUUUCCUUAUGCUACGGUAUGUGACCUGUAUUGCGACGGUGGAAUGGAUACAGACAAGUGGUGUGAUGCCCAGGUUGGCCACUACAUAGGCAUCGAUGCCUCUGCAACGGGUGUCAACGAUGCCCGUGAGCUAUGGGAGAACAAGAGGAAACCUUUCACUGCUGAAUUCAUCGAGUUGGAUCCUUCUGAUGAUGGUUUUGAAGCUCAAGUGCAGGAAAAGGGCAUCCAAGCAGAUAUGGUUUGCUGUAUGCAGCACUUGCAGUUAUGCUUUGAGAGUGAAGAACGGGCAAAGAAGCUUCUGAACAAUGUGUCAUCACUUCUCAAACCUGGAGGCUACUUUUUUGGCAUGACUCCAGAUUCAUCUACAAUAUGGACAAAAUAUCAAAAAAAUGUUGAGGCUUCACAUAAUAAGGGUCUGAAGACUGUUCCAAAUAGCAUUCGCUCAGAGAACUAUACCAUUACCUUUGAAGUCGAGGAAGAGAAGUUUCCCUUUUUUGGAAAGAAGUACCAACUCAAAUUUGCGAGUGACACAGUGUUUGAGAAUCAGUGCCUAGUCCACUUUCCCAGCCUUUUGAGAUUAGCAAGGGAAGCUGGACUCGAAUAUGUGGAGAUUCUGAAUUUAACCGAGUUUUAUGAUGAUAACAGACCACUAUUUGCUCCAAUGCUUGGUGGUUACGGUGCAAGUUUUUUGGAUGCUCGUGGGAAGCUUGUUGCUCGUUCCUACGACAUUUUAGGCUUGUAUUCAACAUUUGUAUUCCAGAAGCCUGAUCCAGAUGCAAUACCACCGAUUGUAACUCCCGACUUGCAUGAUCCUGAUAAUGCUCAUGAAGAGCAGGAAUGGCUCCAGCCACAGCAGGCAUCAGUGGAAGAUGAGAGGCGCUUGCAUGCGGAUGUGCUUCCCAUAGACCCAGCGAAAGGCAUCCUGGGUCCUGGACCUGCAGACAUGAGGCUUUAG